AUGCCUCAGCUACCUAGCUCGCAGCCUCUCAUGCUUUACAGAGUGGCAUUGCAGCAACCCCAAGACGAUGUAGCAAAGUGCCGAGCGGCCUUGCAGAGCCAUCCCCCGGGCUAUGAUCAACAUUUGACCAGUCUCGUCAACCUUAACAACAGCCUUGCAGACAGGUUCGAGCGACGGGGUGCCCUGUCUGACCUUGACGGGGCCAUCGAACACCAUGGGGCUGCACUACUCCUCCACCCGCUGCGGGGCAUCCUGUUUGACCUUGACGAGGCCAUCGAACACUAUCGGGCUGCACUACUCCGCUAUCCCCUCGGUCAUUCUCUUCGAUCAUCGACUCUCAACAAUCUUUCCGACAGCCUUCGAGCUAAAUCCAAUCAGCGGGGCAUCCCGUCUGACCUUGAUACGGCCAUUGAGCUCCAUCAGGCUGCACUACUCCAUCGUCCCUACGGUCAUCCUGAUCGAUCAAAGUCUCAACAAUCUUACCCCACUUUGACGACACUGGUUCGUGGGAAACAACAGGUUUCUGGAGAUGCAUCCGCGCAACAUCUUGUUAUCAUUGGUCAAGGAAACCCGAAAGUGGCGCUUUGAAGAUACUCGAAUGUGCUCCCGAGUUAGCCGUAGUCGUUCAGCGUCUCAAGCCCGUCGUCUCGGUCACGUCGCUCGCGGACGACACACUACAGUUCAGGGUGCACUUGGUGCACUAAAUCACAAUCAGUCACUGGCUCCAUCUGGC